AUUUUAUGUACAUGUACGAUGAAACAUCAAUAGUUUUAGGUGUUUUAUUGCAUGUGACUAUAUAUUUACACUCCAAAAAACUUCCAUUUUCGUUUGAUAUUUCAGCAGGUCUACGACACCUGAUCCUAAGGUAAUUCCUUGUUAUGAAUGAAGAAAAAUGAGCUUCAGAAGAUUGAUUGGUACAUGUAACAACAGAGUAUUCAGCAAUAGACAUCUACAGACCCUGACAACUGUAAAAAGGGCCAGCAAAGUAACAGUAACAACAGAUCCCUACCACCCAGAGGCAACAGAUGUUAUUGAUGUUAGAACUCCAGAUGAAUUUAAACUAGAUCAUAUACCAAAUGCUAUCAAUCUCCCAGUGUUGAACAAUUCACAAAGAGAUGAAGUUGGAAAACUUUAUUCAACUGAUCAGUUUACAGCCAGAAAAGUUGGAGCUAAAUUAGUAGUUUCCAAUAUAUGUGACAUUUUAGAUGCACAUGUUCCAGAUAAAGACAAAGAUUACAAACCCUUAGUUUAUUGUUGGCGUGGAGGACAGAGGUCAAGGUCACUUGCCACUAUUUUGUCAGAGAUAGGCUUUGAUGUGUUUUUACUUGAAGGAGGCUAUAAGACAUAUAGGAGCAGAGUGAAAGAGGAAUUGAAAAUACUUCCGGAUAAAUUUACUUUCAAAGUUAUAACAGGUCUUACUGGAUCAGGAAAAACUCACAUACUAUGCAAGUUAGCUGAGAAUGGUCAACAAGUAUUAGACUUGGAGGGACUGGCCAAACAUAAAGGAUCAAUGUUAGGUCGGUAUCCAAAUGAAGAGCAACCAUCACAAAAAUAUUUUACAUCCUUAUUAGUGGAAAAAUUGAUGUCUUUUGAUCCUUCAAAAACUGUAUAUAUGGAAUCAGAAAGUAGACGUAUAGGUAAAUGUUCCAUACCUGAAGUGCUUUUCAGUAAACUGUGUCAUGCACCAAGAAUCUGUGUACAUUUACCAAUGGAAGAGAGAGUAAAACAUAUCAUCAGAGAUUAUCCAUACAUGAUAGAAGAUGUAGAAACUCUGCAUAAUAUUCUAGAAUUCUUGAAAAGACACUGUGGAACUAAAAAUGUAGAAAAAUGGAAAAUGUUGGUCGACAAGCAGGAUUGGGAAGCAUUUGUGGAAUGUUUAUUAAAACAUCAUUACGACCCAACUUAUACAAAAUCACAGACAAAAAAUCAGCUGACAGAAGACAUUAUUGAUAUAGAGUUAUGUAACUUGUCUGAACAAUCUUUACAAUCAUUUGUUAAUAAUAUAAUCACUGUCAAAUAGAGAUUAAAAUAUUUGUAUUAAG